AUGUCUGUGCUUCGUUGUUUUAUCUGUCUUCCCAUUAGGAUCGCUAGUACUUUUUGGAAAUUACUGUUUCACUCAUUGAUGAAACUAAGAUGGACUCCAUCUUCAAGAAGCUGGCUGUUGAGUUUGGACAAAGUGAUUCGAUCACACAUCAUCCACCAGAAUCAUGCAAAGAUGGUUCAGGUAACCUAUAGAGAUGAGGUCCAUUCAAUAUGGACUGUGACAGUGAAAGGAAGCCAGCAGAACAAGAUACCUCUGGUCAUCCUUCAUGGCAUGGGAGGUGGCAGCGGCAUGUUUAUCACCAACAUUGAUGACCUUGCCGAAAGGCGUGAUGUGAUCCUGAUAGACCUCCCAGGGUUCGGAUUAAGCAGUCGGCCCCAGCUUCGGGUUAAAAAGGAAGGGUUGUGGCGUGUGGACACUACCGUUGAUGACAUUGACGAGUUCUAUACGGAGGUGCUGAACCUGUGGUUUGAGAAAAUGGGAUUGGAAAAGGUGGUUUUGUUAGGGCACAGCUAUGGGGGCUACCUUUGCUCAGUGUACUGCAUGAAGUACCCAGAGAGGGUCAAACAUCUCGUCUUAGCCGACCCCUGGGGAUUUCCGCCAGUGCCACCAAACACAGAGGCCCGGCCUUUCAUGCGGAACAAAUCAAUCGCUUUACUCUCAAAAGUACUGUCCAAGAUGAAUUUGUUCACCCCUCUACGAAUCAUUGGUCCUCUGGGUCCUUUCGUGUUAAACUUUCUGCGAGGUGACUUAGUUCGCAAGUAUCAUCGCUACUUCAAGGACACAACAUUCUCAGAUUACAUAUAUGCUUGUAACACCUGCGACAGCCCAAGUGGAGAAGUUGCAUUUUCCCGAGUAUCUCAGAAUUUUGGUUGGGCAAAGAAACCAAUUAUAGAGCGAAUUGGCCUCUGGCCUGAAGACCUUGAUGUGACCUUCAUUUACGGAGCUAGAUCUUGGGUGGAUUCAUCUUAUGGCAAAGUGGCCAAAAAGCUGAGGCCAAGGAGCUAUGUAGAUGUACAGGUUAUAGUUGGGGCAGGACACCAUGUUUAUGCUGAUCGUCCUGGUGCCUUUAAUGACAUGGUACACAAGAUCUGUGAAGCUGUGGAUGCCGGACAUAAACCUAACAUAACUGAUGAGUAUCAGCUACGCAACGAAGCCUGGGCCCAACUACUUCGGCGGCCAUCUUGCGAAUCAUUUGAAGAAUCCAGCUCUAAAUUUCAACACAGAAGAACUUUGAGUGCACUGGAGUUAUCGUCCCACCAAGAAGUAGAUUUUGACUCUGAAGAAGAUUUAAGUGAAGGCGACAAUGAUGAAGGACAGAGGACUGUGAACUGCGUCAAGUUCAACCUUGAUGAGGAACCGGGGGAGACGGAUGACUCUGUGCCUUAUACUGCUGACUCUGAUUUGGGCACACAUUCUGCUGCUGAAGAAAGAAUAUCUGUUAGAGCUGAUAUAUCAGCUGUGGAGAAUGCAGCACUUUCCUCAAACAGUUCUUCUUGA